AUGGAACAAAUGGAUUGUGAAGAUAUGUCAACUGCAAUUAUCAAUAAAACAAAUAUUUUAAAAGUAGCGAAGGAUUUCGUUGAUUUUCUAAAUCGAUCUGUCACUCCGUUCCAUGCUGUCAAUGAAUGUAAAAAAUACCUAAAAAACGCAAAUUUUCAAGAACUAAGUGAAUCUGACGUUUGGACUAUCGAACCUUUGAAGAAAUAUUUCGUCACUAAGAACAGUAGUACAAUAUUGGCAUUCGCCGUUGGAGGAAAAUAUCGCCCUGGCAAUGGUUAUUCAGUUACUGCUGCACAUACUGAUAGUCCAUCAUUGCGCUUGAAACCUACUUCAAAAUUGCAGAACGAUAAAUUCUUACAAAUUGGUGUUUCAACGUAUGGUGGAGGAUUAUGGCGCACAUGGUUUGAUCGCGAUCUCAGCGUAGCUGGUCUAGUUAUCAGAGAAAAGGAUGAUCGCAUUAUACGUGAAUUAGUCAAUAUAUCAAAGCCAAUCUUAUAUAUUCCCAGUCUUGCUAUACAUUUUUCAACUGGAUCAGAUAGAAAUAAAUUUGAACCAAAUGUAGAAACAAAUUUGCGACCAAUACUCGCUACUAUGAUCGCUGAGAAUAUUAAUAAGAAUGUUUAUAAUUACGAUCAAGCAAUUGACUGGGGAUAUACAACGAACGAUCAUCAUAUUUCGCUUCUUAAAUUGAUUGCGGAUGAAAUUGGUUGUAAGAUUGAAGAGAUUAUUGAUUUAGAUCUUUAUCUUUAUGAUCAUCAGCCAGCGGUUAUUGGUGGCAUUUAUAAUGAAUUUAUAAGUGGCCAACGUCUUGACAAUUUAGUUGGAACUUAUGCUUGCAUUUCUGGUUUACUUAUGAGUAUAGAUUCAUUGGUUAAUGAUGAAAAUAUUCGCAUUGCUGCAUGUUUCGAUAAUGAAGAGUGUGGAAGCAGAUCAGCGCAAGGAGCCGGUGGACAGUUUACUGAGUGGGUGUUGCGAAGGUUAGCAGCUGGUGGAUCUCCAGUUGCUUUCGAGGAAUCUAUUGCUAAAUCGAUGAUAAUGAGUUUCGAUCAAGCACACUGUUCCCACCCUAAUUAUGGUGAUAAACACGAAGAUAAACAUAGACCUGCAUUUCAUGAAGGUGUCGUUGUGAAAGUGAAUCAUGACCAGCGGUAUUCGACGACUCCCACCACUUUUGCAAUCUUGAAAAAAAUAUCUCGUAGCGCUAACAUCCCGUUGCAGAAUUAUGUAGUACGAAAUGAUAUGCCUUGUGGUUCGACGAUUGGCCCAAUACUUUCCUCCAAAUUAGGAAUUCAGUCUAUCGAUGUUGGUUGUGCACAAUUAGCCAUGCAUUCUAUUCGAGAAAUGACAUGUACUUCAAGCAUUUAUCACGCAGUUCAUUUAUGUUCGGCAUUUUAUAAAAAAUUGCCUUCUGUCUUAGCGUCACUGCAAUGA